AUGACGGACGCUCCGCCCAUUGUCUUUAUCGCCAGGCACGGCGCGCGGCUCGAUGCGGCCGACAAGGACUGGCAUUUGACCUCUCCUACCCCUUAUGACCCCCCUCUGUCGUAUGGUGGCUGGAUGCAGGCGCGGGCGCUUGGUCUUCGUAUUGCCAGUCUCUUACAAGAUUCCGAAUUCACAGGCAACGACCCUGAGGCUGCAUCUCCCCGAUUCUCGGCCUUGGAUGCCUCGACGACAUUGCAACCGACCACGGCAAACUCGGAUUCGCACCCCCGAUACAAUGUCAUCGUCCACACCUCCCCAUUCCUACGAUGCUUACAAACGGCGAUCGGUGUGAGUGCAGGCCUCAGUCACUAUCGCCCGGGUGGUGAAACGUCUGAGUCGGUGGACCCUCAGCCUGUGUCUCAGUUUCAUGCAGGGGAAUCUGGGAGUCAUGAUCUCCGACCGCUUCUGCGUGUCGACGCGUUCCUGGGCGAGUGGUUAUCCCCGGAUUACUUCGACCAGAUUGUCCCGCCACCCGCGUCGGACAGGAUGGUCGCUACGGCCAAAGCCGAGCUACUCCGUCGUGCCGAGGGAAUCCCUAUGGCGCGGGAAUCAAGGUCGUCGUCGGGACACUUCCCUGGGGGCUGGGGUAGCCACUCUCACCCAGCACCACCUGAUGAGGAUGAUGACCGCCGACUACCCUCCCGGAGUUCGCCAACGAGCACCACUUCUGGCCAGCAACGCCAGAGGCAGCGGGCCAGCACCUACGACACUCUGCAAGGCCCCGCUCCUCCCAGCGCGACCACUCGAGCCCUCGGCCGCUUGAACACUGAUCUCCCCUCCGGUGUAGAUGCGGCUUACGUGCCCCCAACUCCCGGGUAUGCAGUUUCUCCCUCGGAUCCCAUCCCAGCUGGCUAUGUGGCGCAUGCACGGGACGCUUGUACCAGGAUCGACUACCAAUGGGAUAGCAUGCGGACCCCGUUCUGGGGCACGGGCGGUGAAUAUGGCGAAGAGUGGAGUAGCAUGCAUGAGAGGAUACACGCAGGGUUCCAACAUAUGGUGGAUUAUUACCGCCAACGGGGGAGUGCCAGCGACCGUUCUAGGGCCAUGUCCAACGGUUCCUCGCGCCAGGAGAGUAGUAAGCCUGUCCAGACGGUGCUGAUUAUCAUCACGCACGGAGCGGAUUGCAACGCUUUGAUUGGCUCUCUCGCCGGGCGCUCUGUGCUGUUGGACAUUGCUACUGCGUCGCUCACCAUGGCAGUGCGACGAGACCGUGUCAAGAAAAGCACCACGCCAGACUCCGACCGUACGGCUACUUCCCCCGUUGGCUCUUCGCCCUCCUCGCCGAGCAGUCAAGGGGACCGGUCGGUCUCCCAUGAGUAUACUUUACAACUCAUCGCCUCAAGUGACCAUUUGCGUGCGGGGGUGAACCCCUCUCAGCUCGCUUCGCUGUCCUCUCCCUCGGCUCCACAAUCACUUCCGCCGCCUUCGAUCCCGACCUAUCGUAAUCGCCUCGGCUCUCGUCCAUCAGCAUCCAUCUUGCAAGGCUCCUUUUUAAUCGAUCCCACGCCAAAGACGGGGCCGAGUUCUCGCAGUUGGUCGAUGAAUUCUCGUCCGUCCCCCACCCUGACGGGUUCGCGAGGUGGGUCUGGCCUUUGGGGCUCCAUUUCGUCGCCGACCGAGGAGGCCGAUGAAGAUACCGAGGAUGACUUUGUCCCCAAUUUCGGAGACCCUCGACCCGUGAGUCACGACUCGUCACACUCGGAUCUGCUCGUUGACCGGUCGGGCUGGACGAGGCAACUGCCCCAGCGGACGGUCUCCCAGCGCGGGCUGUGGGGCAGUGCUCCGGCCUUGGAGGACCGCGACACGGCCUCGAGACGGCGAUGGACAGUGACGGAGCAGAAGCUGUGA